UUCUGCAUCUAUCUAAAUCACAUCUCCUUUUUCAAUUGCAUACCGUUCCGCAGCUCGAACUUCAAGCGACGGCAAGCUCAUACCCACCGACCUCAUCCCAAUUGACAGCCACAAUUCGGUCCAAAGUCACGCAAUCAUGAGUGGACAGGCCAAGCCCACCGAGAACAUGCUCUGGGGAGGUCGCUUUACCGGCGGCCUCGACCCCCUCAUGGUCCAGUACAACGAGUCCAUCCACUUCGACCGUGCCCUCUUCGCCCAGGACAUCACCGGCAGCAUUGCCUUUGCGCGCGCCAACGCCAAGGCCGGCAUCAUCACCCAGGACGAGUUCAACAAGCUAGAGCAGGGUCUCCUGGCUGUCAAGAAGGAGUGGGAGGACGGUACCUUCAAGAUUGUCCCCGGUGUCGACGAGGAUAUCCACACUGCCAAUGAGCGUCGUCUCGGCGAGAUCAUCGGAAAGGAUGUUGCUGGCAAGCUUCACACCGGCCGCUCUCGUAACGAGCAGGUUGCUACCGAUAUGCGCAUGUGGCUCCGCGACGAGCUUCGCAAGAUCGAGAAGCACCUUCAGGACUUCCUGAAUGUCACUGCUGCCCGCGCCGAGCAGGAGAUCGAUGUCAUCAUGCCCGGAUACACCCACUUGCAGCGCGCUCAGCCCGUCCGCUGGAGUCACUGGAUGCUCUCCUACGGCUUUGCUUUUGCUAGCGACCUCGAGCGUCUGCGCGAGGUUAUCAAGCGCGUCAACCGCAGUGCUCUUGGUUGCGGUGCGCUCGCCGGUAACCCCUUCGGCAUUGAUCGUGAGAUGAUGUCCAAGGAGCUUGGCUUCGAUGGCCUCCUUUGGAACUCCAUGGGCGCUGUCGCCGACCGUGACUUUGUUGCCGAAACCCUCCAGUGGGGCUCCAUGUUGAUGCAGCACAUUUCUCGCUGGUCCGAGGAUCUCAUCAUCUACUCUACUAGCGAAUUCGGCUUCGUCAGGCUGGCGGAUGCCUACUCCACCGGCAGCUCACUCAUGCCCCAGAAGAAGAACCCCGACAGUCUCGAGCUGCUCAGGGGUAAGGCCGGAAGGGCUUUCGGCCACAUGGCUGGCUUCAUGAUGACCCAGAAGGGCAUUCCCAGCACUUACAACAAGGAUCUCCAGGAGAGCUGGGAGCCCAUGCUCGACCACGUCAAGACGGUUUCUGACAGCAUCCAGAUUGCCAACGGUGUCCUGGCUACCCUCAGCAUCCAGCCCGAGAAGAUGAAGGAGUCCCUUGACCCCUUCAUGCUCGCCACCGACCUUGCUGACUACUUGGUCCGCAAGGGUGUUCCUUUCCGCGAGACUCACCACAUCUCUGGCCGCUGCGUUGCCCUCUCGGAGCAGACCGGUAUUCCCAUGGACAAGCUUUCAUAUGAGCAGCUCAAGGGUAUCGAUGCCCGCUUCGAGGAGGAUAUCUCCAAGGUGUUCGACUAUGAGAAGAGCGUUGAGAUGCGCUCUGCCAAGGGUGGCACCAGCAAGGCUUGCGUCCAGGAGCAAAUCCAGGUUCUCAAGUCCAUGAUUGCCUAGAUGAUGAGUCUGGACAGUCCGUGUUUUUUUUGUGUCUGGGGAAUCUAAUGGAGUUUUGCACGCAGCCGGACAAAAUGCUGCGAUUUUACGGUGUACAAUAGCUAUGAACUGGGACAUGAUGAAGCGUUAUGGGUGUAAAAGGAUCUUGACAUAGCGGCAACUUGUAGCAUGGGAUUUAUGAUGCGCUAUAGUGUUGGACAUAGAGAUUUGUUUAUAUAAUUCAAAACCAUGACUUACUUUGGCUUUGCA